AAGGAAGGUGGUCGCUCCCGCCGCCGCUCCGGCAUGAGCGCGGCUUUCCAGCCCUCGCUGAUGAUGAUGCAGCGCCCGCUGGGAAGCAGCACGGCCUUCAGCAUCGACUCGCUCAUCGGCAGCCCCCCGCCGCCCGCCCCCGGCCACUUCGUCUACACCGGCUACCCCAUGUUCAUGCCCUACCGGCCCGUGGUGCUACCGCCGCCCCCCCCGCCGCCCCCGGCGCUACCGCAGGGCGCCCUCCAGCCGGCGCUGCCCCCCGCGCAUCCCCACCAUCACCAGCUCCCCAGCCUGCCCACGGGUUUCUGCUCCAGCCUGGCCCAGGGCAUGGCCCUCACCUCCACCCUCAUGGCCACGCUGCCCGGCACCUUCCCCGCCUCUCCUCAGCACCAAGAGGCCGCCAGGAAGUUCGCACCCCCGGGGAACUUCGAUAAAGCCGAGGGGAUCCCCCCGGACGGCGGCGGAGACGAUGGCAAAGCCUUCCUGGGGAAGGACGGAGCCCUCCUGCCCUUCCCCGCCGCCGACGCCGUCCAGGCCUCCCUCGCCGGGGCUCUCCGGGGCCAGGGGAAGGAGGACCCCAAAGCAGAAGAGGAUGCAAAAGGCAAGGAGGAAAGUUUCUCCAUGGACAGCGAUCUAGACUAUAGCUCGGACGACAACAUCCCCGGCCAGGCGGCUCACAAGGAAGAGGACUCUGGUAACGCGCUGGAGGAGAACCCCCAAAACCCCCCCAAUUCCACCAACACCACAUCCACGGGCAAAAACCGGCGGAGGCGGACAGCCUUCACCAGCGAGCAGCUGCUGGAGCUGGAGAAGGAGUUUCACUGCAAAAAGUACUUGUCCCUGACGGAGAGGUCCCAGAUCGCUCACGCCCUCAAACUCAGCGAGGUGCAGGUGAAAAUCUGGUUCCAGAACAGACGGGCUAAAUGGAAACGGGUCAAGGCGGGCAACGCCAACUCCAAGACAGGGGAGCCCUCCCGAAACCCUAAGAUCGUGGUCCCCAUCCCGGUGCACGUCAGCAGGUUUGCGAUCAGGAGUCAGCAUCAGCAGCUGGAACAAGCCCGACCCUGAUCUCUCCCUACGCUGCUUCAGAACCACAAGUUAUUGAGGAAAAAGUUUCCAAAAAAUCGGGGUUUUGAAACAGCCCACCCGAAAAAAAGAAUAAAAAAAAUAAAGGGAAAAAAAAAAGAAAAAAGAAGCAGCAGCAGAAAAAUAACAAUCCACAAAACAACACAACCCCUAAAGCAAACGACAACCAACGAGGCGAAAUCCCACGCGACCGCACUGCAAAUCCCCGCCACGAGCGAACUUUAAAGCCAAACUUUCCACUUACACAGUCAAGCGAAAGUCUGAGAAGGCAGAGGCUUGGGAGCUGCGUUGGUUCGGAGCAGGAAUAUCAAACCCUGGAAAGAGACGCACACAUAUUUAUUAUCACGCUGCCCCGUUGCUGUCUUGGCCGCGAUGGGGACCACAGGCACGGUGUCAGCGCCAGAUCCAGCAGCGCGUCCCCCCCCCCCCCCCCCCUCACCGGCAGCGACAUCCCCAGCGAAACCCGCCUUUAGCCACCUUUUGGGGGUUAUGUUUCUUACCGGGGGCGAAAGGUAAAAAUAACCCAAAACAAACAAAGACGAGAGAACAAAAACGAAAGAGAACUCAGAGUUUCAUUUCAUGCCUUUUUUAUUGUCUGAUUUGAUGGCCGAGGGCUCAGUGGCAGGCACUGGGGGACGGGUUUUGAAAUCUAUUUUUU